UCGCGCGGUGUCCAGUUAAAACAGUAAGAGAACUCGGCUCCUCCCCACCACACACACUACCGUCAUCAUGGACACGCACGAGGGAACCAUCAAGUUAAAAGAGGACUUCGACCCCGAGAAACCCUGCGUCAGGUUCCGGAAGGCCAUGAAGGGGAUGGGAACCGAUACCAAUGUGAUUAUCAAGAUGUUGGUCACCCAUCAGAACAUCCAACGGCAGGAGUACAUAGAGAAAUAUAAGGCCAUGUACGGACGGGACCUGAAGGAAGAUCUGAAGGAGGAACUAGGAGGGACGUUUGAGGAGGCGGUGCUGGCGCUACUGGAGGGGCCUUAUGACCUACUGGUGGAGGCCCUCAACGAAGCCCUUACGAGCAUCGGCACCGAUGAGAAGACACUGAUUGACAUCCUCGCCUGUCGCUCACCUGACGAGAUCGAGGGGCUGAAAAACCACUAUCAACGGAAGUAUGGCAUUUCCUUGGACGAACAUCUGGUCUCGGAACUGUCAGGAGACUUUAAGAAUUUGAUGUGUGCACUGGUGGCCGCCGGGAGGGACGAGAACCAGACCGUUGACACCCCCAGCGCUAUCAGUGACGCCCAGUUACUCUACGACGCUGGGGUAGGCAUGAACAGUGAAACAGACGAAGAGGAAUUUAUCAGAAUUCUCAACACCCGGAGCUUCCCACAACUCAAGGAGGUAUUCAACCAAUAUGAGACACUGGCUGCAGCUCCCAUCGAAGACGCAUUAGGGGAGGAAUUCAGCGGUGACAUGAAGAACGGCUUACUGGCUAUUGUUCAGCGGGUGAAGGAUCCACUGGGGUUCUACGCGAGGCUGAACCAGACAAUAGUGGGCGCUGGGACGGAUGACAAGUCCCUCAUAAGGAUACUAGUCUCUCGAUCUGAGAUCGACCUGGCAGACAUACAGACCCGGUACAAGGACAUGUAUGACAAGGACCUCUGGGUCGAUGUGAAGGAUGACACCCAAGGAGACUACCAGAAGCUCCUCCUGGCCAUCAUGGGUCACUAACUCCCUCAAUGCCUCUGAUUAACGGACUGUAUGGAGAUGAGAGUCCGCUAUAUGGAGGUUUCACUGUAACAGCUUCUUGGACCUCUAACUACAGCUAUUACUGGUGGUGGUGGUGGUAGUUAGGGUAGUUAUUGGUACUAACUGGUGGUCGUAGUUAGGGUAGUUACUGGUUCUAAAUGAUGGUGAUGGUGGUAGUGGUGGUAGUUAGGGUAGUUACUGGUUCUAACUGGUGGUGGUGGUAGUUAGGGUAGUUAUUGGUUCUAACUGAUAGUGGUGGCAGUUAGGGUAGUUACUGGUUCUAACUGCUGGUGGUGAUAAUUAGGGUAGUUACUGGAUCUUACUGGUUGCGGUGGUGGUAGUUAGGGUAGUUAUUGGUUGUAACUGGUGGUGGUGGUAGGGUGGUGGUAGUUAGGGUAGUUAGGGUAGUUACUGGCGAUGGUUAGGAUAGUUAUUGGCUCUAACUACUACUGGUGCUAGUUAGGGUGCUACAAGUUUGACAGCUAGCCAGUAGUUAGACAUUGAUGGCUUAACUGUUGAUAGUUAGGUGGUGGUUGUCUAACUGCAGUCGUCUGGAAUUACCUCCACAAAUACUUAUAACCAAGCACUGUUAAGAGCAUUAUAUAAAUGCUAGUUACAGUCCUCUAACUAGCAGUACUAGAUAGUUAGGUAAACACUAAUAUAACAACACGCAUAAUAAAUUUUGGCGCCAACAGAUAAGACUCAAUUUUGGCGCCAACUAGAAUGGCUUUUAGUGUAAACAACAAAUAACUUUGGUAAACACAGGCUCUCACUCUCGUUACUACUCGCCAAAGAACCCAGACUAGAACACAUCCUCCAGAAUCCUCACAGAAGGUGGACACACAGUCAAGUUGUGUACGGCUAUAAGGAGCUAAACAAGUCAUAGGUAACCUUAUCUUUCCAUUAUAUAUUAACAGCAGUGUAGUGUGGUAUAGGCGUGGCAUCUUUAUAUGACUUAAACAAAAUAUGAUACCACCUGAAGAUUA